UCCCUCGCUUUUAUCUUCACUCUUUAGGGUUUUCAAAACCUCUAAAUCACUGCAAUCACGCUUCAUUUCAUCCGAUCAAAGAUUAUGGCGGUAAAUCUUACCUCCGGCGCAAUAUCGAUUCUCACGGCUGGGGAAUCGAAGGAUCUGAAACCGGUGCUUCAGGUGACGGAUAUUCGGUUGAUUCGGACGCAAAAUCCGACUGGGGGUGGUGGAGAAAACAAUGGGGAUAGAUACAGGGUACAGCUAUCUGAUGGUUCUUUUCAUCAGCAAGGGAUGCUUGCUACUCAGCGCAAUGAGUUAGUCACCUCUCAACAGUUGCAGAAGGGUUCGGUUGUUCAGUUGACUGAGUUUGUUUGUAAUACGAUCCGUGAACGCCCUAUUAUCAUCAUCAUCAAUCUCAAUGUGAUUAUGGAAAAGUGUGAUACCAUUGGUGAUCCAAAGCCAUUCCCUCUAAAACUCCCUGGUGGAGAUACUCCUUCAAUGACAAGACCUUCACCACCUACACAAUCUCCUUCCAAUCAACCACCAACUGUCAAUGGCACCCGAUUUUCCAACCAAGCUCCACCUCCUGGACCUGUUAUUCGCCCACAUUCCAAUACAAGCUUACCUUCUUAUGGUGCUCCACCACCCCCUGCUGCAAACAACCGUAUGCCGCCAGUUCAACCACCACCAAUGUAUGCCAACAGAGGACCCAUGGCUAAAAACGAAGCUCCUCCAAGAAUCAUACCAAUUGCAGCUCUAAAUCCCUAUCAAGGUAGAUGGACAAUUAAAGCCAGAGUAACUUCAAAAGGUGAACUCAGACGUUACAACAACGCAAAAGGAGAUGGAAAAGUUUUCUCCUUUGAUCUUCUUGAUUCUGAUGGAGGAGAAAUCCGAGCCACCUGUUUCAAUACAGUAGCCGACACUUUCUACAACCAAAUUGAAGUAGGAAAAGUUUACUAUCUCUCAAAAGGAACCUUAAAACCUGCUCAAAAAGCCUUCAAUCAUCUCAAAAACGACUUUGAAAUCACCCUCGACCACACCUCGACAGCUCAGCAAUGCUUCGAUGAUGACACCUCAAUUCCACAUCAGCAGUUUCACUUCCGUUUAAUCAGUGAAGUUGAAGAAAUGGAAAACAACACAGUUCUAGAUAUCAUUGGUGUUGUAACCAAUGUCAACCCCAUAUCAUCAAUCACAAGAAAAAACGGAAUGGAAGCUCAAAAAAGAACAAUUUUUUUAAAAGACAUGUCUACAAGAAGCAUUGAGUUGACUUUAUGGGGUGACUUUUGUAACAAAGAAGGUCAAACACUUCAAGAAAUGUCUGAUUCAGGUGAAUUCCCUAUCCUUGCUGUGAAAUCAGCUAGAGCAUGUGAUUUCAAUGGUAAAACAUUAACAAGUAUAGUAUCAAGCCAGCUCAGCAUAAACCCUGAUUUCCCAGAAGCUAAAAAACUCAAAACAUGGUUUGAAAGUGUUGGAAAAAACACCCCAUCUGUAUCCAUGUCACUCAAUUCUCUCUCUAAUUCCACCACACAUCCAGAUUCAUUCAAAACUAUCUCUCAAAUCAAAGAUGAAAAACUCGGGACUUCUGAAAAACCUGAUUACAUAACAAUCAAUGCCACAAUCUGGCAUAUGAAACUUGAAAACUUUUACUACACUGCAUGUCCAUUAAUGGCAGGUGAAAGAAAAUGCAGCAAAAAAGUUGUGGAUAAUGGAGAUGGGAAAUGGAAGUGUUUGAAAUGUGAUAAGGUUGUUGAUGAGUGUGAAUACAGAUAUAUUUUACAACUAGAAAUUCAAGAUCAUACUGGGUCAACAUGGGUGACUGCUUUUCAAGAAAUUGGUGAGGAGAUUAUGGGGUAUUCUGCUAAAGAUUUGCAUGAUAUGAGAUAUGAAGAGCAAGAUAAUGAUAAGUUUACUGAAACUGUUCGUGGUGUUCUUCAUAAUGAGUAUUGUUUUAAGUUGAAAGUGAAGGAAGAGAGUUGGGGUGAUGAACAGCGUGUGAAAUCGAGUGUUGUGAAAGUUGAAAAGAUUAGGUUUUCAUCAAGUACAAAGGUUAGACUUUUGGAGAUUGAAAAGAAUGGGCUUGGUUCUGGUGCUGACCGAACUGCCCCUUCUGGGAUCGGGCAGGGGCAGGGGCAGGGAGGUGUUUUCCCUGCGAAUCAGGUCGGUCAUUGUGGUGGUGUUGGUGGUGGAAUUGGUGUUGCAUAUGGUGGUUAUUAACUUUAAAGAUCUUUAUUGUGAUACUGGCUCCAAUGUAUAACACCGAUUUGCUCAAUUUGGGUUUUUGAAGAUUGGGGUGAAGUUUUAUGUUUAUGACAUAUUUGCCCCUGGAAGCAAAGCAUGGAUCUUUAAGUAGAUGUUUUUUUGUGUCUUUUGUUUUGGUAAAUGUUUUUCUAUUUUACUCCUAGUAGUUUUCUAGUAUGAUAGUUGUUAUUUUAUCCUGUAGAAUUGGUUAUGUUCAGUUGUUUAAUUUUUUUAUUACUAUCUUUAAUUUUGCAUGGAUAUGUAUAUAUAUAUGUUAAGAUUUCUUUUUA